GGGAAGCAGCCAGGUGACUGACAACCAUGUAGGCUGGGCGCAGCACUGAGGAGUAGGGACAAAAGGAGCUGACCCUGCAGGGGGAAUUGAUGGCUUUGCUGAGGGAGGACUGCGGAGACAGGCAAACAGACCUGCUUCCUCCUUUGUGCUGCCAGUCAGGUCCUCCCUCUGCAGUCCUAUACGGGAAGAAGAUUUAUAAUAGCUGCAUGCCAUGCCAGUGUCUCAAAGAGACAGCAUCACGCCAUGUGGAGGAUUUUUAUAUGGGGUUUAACUUUGCUCCACUGAAUUGGAAAGGCUCUCAGUUGCCUGACUCUUACCUCUCUGACUACUGGAAUACAAAAUUACAGCGGACUUUUGUCAUUUUGCCUCCCAUCCUUCCAGUUUCUCAAAAAUAAAUGCAUGGAGCUGAAUAAUUUGAUUUCAAGAAAUUCCUGAAGUGUCAUCAUCUGGGUUUGAUAUCAGCAACAGUUUCCCUCUGCAGAUGAACUUAGAAUACAAAGCUUAAAAAAAAAAAAAAUGUAAUGGAAGCCCUGGCACUUGGAAGAAAAAUAGAAGUAUUUAGUAGCAGGGCAGAGCAAAGGCAGAAUCCCUCUCUUCUGACUCAAAUAUAUGCAUUAAAUAACAACCAGUUGUGUUCCUUCUUCUAUCCUACUUUCCCUCAUCCUAUAAGCAGUAAUGCAGCAUGAUGUCUAAGACAUCUCAGCCAAGAAAACCUACUUCUACCACUGACUCGAGCCCCAAAUACUUUCUCUGAUUUUUCUUAGAUGUUAGUGCUCUCAGAACCAUUCUCUCUGCAUCAUUCUUGAGCUCUUCUCUUACAUCUAGUAUUUUCAGAACAUUUGCUUCUGCCGCUCCUGAUAUUGACAGUCUUUGUCAUCCCACUUCUACAGCUAAUCCAUUGGUAGUUUUUGUUGAUGGAGCAAGCAAACAGACUGACAUAAAAGAUUCCUAUCCCAGUGGUGUGUUGAGACUUUAACUGACAGCUAUUUAAUCUGUAACACUGACUACAUCAGUUCCAAUGUACUAGGAAUACAGUGCUUACCCAGACUGAAGGAAUGUCAGCAAAAAUCCCGUAACAAUGGGGAACUCCGUCUGCUCCCCUGCUACUAUGCAAUUGUUUGUAGUUGUUGAAAGAGCCUUAAAGCUGAUCAACGGUAAGGCUUCCACAGAAUGAGCUUGAAUCCUGAUGACUUAUGGAAAUUAUUUAAAGCUCUGUGGUAUACUUUUAGUAUAGGGCCAAGCUUUCUGCACUGCUAAUGAAAUCUGUAGCAUCUGAACUGGAAAACUUUACUGCAAACUCUUAUCCAACAGGUGCAUUUUUGCACAUAGUGCAUGUAUGAAAGAAAACUUUAAGUCAGUAUAUACAUCAUGACAAUAAGAAGUUUAUUUGGGUUUUGGUUUUAGGUUUUUUGUUGUUGUUUUGUUUUGAUUUUUGUUUCAAAGAACAGUAUGUCUAGAUUCUGAUGCUAGGUAGCAAUCCACGACACAAUGCCCAGACAUGGGUCAGGGAACAGCAUAUGCCAGGGAUCAUUCCCAACACCCAGCAUCAGCCUUGGUUCUCCCUGCAAAAGAGUUUCCAAAGUAUUUGCACCAUGUGACACUUCUUCAUACCCUUAUGCUAUACACUGGAAUACGCUGCACAUUCUCUGUUUAAUACUAGAAAAGUCCCCAUGCCAAAAGGUUGCAAUACAACUCUCACAUUAUUUCACUUCAAACUAAAAUGGGCAUGAACCCAUGGCUGUGUCCUGAGACUUUAAUUUAACAGCAAUAGCCUAGAAGACACUUAAGUCCAAGUGUCACACAGUAUUCCUGCAGUCACUCUGUGCUGCUUGACCUCCGGGCUAGAAAAUAGCUAUUAGCCUUUUUUAUUUAGUGACAUAUAUAGCCAACAAGACCUUCUGAGAUAGAGAACACUGAAUGAGUACAGUAUUGAGCCAGGGGAAAGAUAGAAAACUAAGACAAAUGGCAUAUAUCUCAUGUAUUUGUCAGCAAGAUUAAAAAGUAAAUAAAUGUACAGACCAUAUGAAAGAGAAGUAUUUGCUACCCUUUGUGCCUUAGAGCACCAAAAUAUCUCAGUGGGAUCAACUGAGUUUUUCUACAGACUUGUCACACCACAACAAAAUUCUGAAUCUCCAGAGAAAUCACAAGCAAGCAGCUAAUGCUCAGUUGACUAGGUGAAUAUUCAUGUUGAUGAACAGAAGGAUAGUCACAGAGCCAGAAAAAAGACCUUCCUCUGCAGCGUAUGUUAUUGAAUUAAACUAUACAACUUCCCUCUUUCCAUGUCAGAGAUAAACCUUAUUUUGAAAAAGGAGCAAGAAAAAAAAAGCAAUAAAACUGUAAACAAAUAAACAAGAACAAAAAAAAAAAAAAAAAAAAACAGAACUUAAAUACUUAUCCUGUAUUGGUUGUGGGAUUUAGACAUUAAAUUUAAAUAAAUACAGCUAUGAGAACAUCAUUGAUGCCAACUACCCACAUUACGAGAGAGAUGGAAAUACUUAGCCUGGUUAAGUUGCAACAAGAGGAUGUGAUCUGCAUUUUGCAUAAAAACCAGAAACACAGCUUACUGUUAGAAAUUAGGGUUCUGAAAAUUCUACCUAAGAGCAUGAGGUCAACUGAGUCCAGAUAAAUGUAACAAGCAGCACUACAAGAGUUGCAAAUAAGAAUUUUAAAGUAAUAAAGUUGUCCAAUAGGAACUUAGCAGCUCAUCAGGCUGAACUAUCAAGACUGAAAGCCCAGAUAGGAUCUAGCCAAUUCCACUCAACAGAACUUUACACUAGGAAGGGCUGAUGUGGACACAGAGUUUAAAACAAGUUGGAUGAUGGCCAGAAGACAGAAUUUAUCAUAGGCAUUAAUGCGUUCUUGAAAACAAACGGUAUUACAUAUCAUUGUAGAAAAAACAGUUCUCAAUCGUCAAUGCCUUUGUAUUUUUUUUCUUAUAAUCUAGGUGGUUCCAGUGCAUUAAAAUUAGUUGGAAGCACUACAACAUCAAUUACUUUUAGAAAAAAGUUAUCCCUAAUGAGACCCUGAAAAAAGUGCAUUUUUCCUGAUUUUAAAAAGGAAAAGAUAGACUUCACAGACAUAGAUAGAUAGACUUUACAGAGUCAAAUGAUA